AUGUUAAAGUUUGGAAUAGUUGAAACAUUUUAUCUUGCAUUACCAAAUAAUCUCUUAACCGAUAGAGCUCUUUUUUUAGUUACGGGGAUUUUAUUAUUCAUUGCCACGACUAAUCCACCUUUGGAGGCUUGGCAAUACUCAAGAACAAAGAUUGACGUGUAUUUGACACACAAGUCAGCCGACCGUGUUACGUGUACCACCGUGUUCACGGCAAUACCAUUAGAACUUGCAAGCUCCGAAGAAUUCAUUUUACAAUGUUAUGGUUAUACGCAAGAUCCAAAUACAGGGGAAUUUUUUAUAGUGAUGGAAUAUGCAGAAGAAGGAAGUUUGAAGCAAGUUCUUCUAAAAAAUUUUGAAAAUAUUACAUGGCAAAACAAGAUUGAAAAAUUAUAUUAUAUUGCUUCAGGCUUAGAACAGAUUCAUAAACACGAACUAGUACACAGUGAUUUACAUUCUGGAAAUGUUUUAUUGGGUGUAAAAGGUUCUAUAAAAAUCGGUGACAUAGGACUAUGCCAAGAUACUGAUUAUAAUUUUGAAACUAGUAAUUCAUAUGGAAUAAUACCUUACGUAGCACCUGAAGUCUUUAGAAACUUUAAAUAUACUAAAGUUUCUGAUAUUUAUAGCUUUGGAAUAUUAAUGUGGGAACUUGCAACAGGUUAUCAGCCAUUUUCUAAUGAAGCACAUGAAAAGGAAAAUGCAAAUCAGUUUAAUAAUGCAGAAGAAAGUAGAAAAACCAACAUAGAGCUUAAAUUAUUAACUCAAAACUUAGCAAAUAGCAACAUUAAUCCAAUGGCAAUUUACAAAAUUCGUCCAUUUGAUCAAAUAUUUGAGUUGGAUUCUUAUAAAUCUAAACCUUUAAAUUUCACACAACCUUCGAGAGAUAAAACUACGGAAAUACGAAAUUCUCAUCAGAGAAGACUCAGACUUUGA